CUUCUCUCUGCCAUUAGCCAUCAUCUCAGUCCACUUGCUUGUAUCAAGUCACACAAGAUGAGCUACAUCACUCGCCGAGGUCUUUCGACCCUGAUCCCUCCCAAGAUCGCCUCUCCUAACGCGAUUGGUGCUGCCAAGGAUGCUGCCCGUAUGGACCGCGUUGUGAACUUCUAUGCCCGCCUUCCCCGUGGCUCGGCCCCUGAAGUUAAGCCUACCGGUCUUAUUGGCCGCUACCAGGCUCGUUACUUCGGCAAGAACCCCUCUGCUGCUCCCCUCGCUCACGCCAUCGGUGGUAUUCUCCUCCUCGGCUACAGCAUGGAGUACUACUUCCACCUCCGUCACCACAAGAACCACCCCCACUAAAUUUUCUCGCUAUGACUUGAGGGGCGCGGAAGAUUCGUGUAUAUACCGCUGACCUAGAAUGAAGGCAAUGUAGAACACAUUCAAG